AUGGAUUAAGAUGAAUGUUGGGGCAGUUUACAAUAAAUUAUUUAGGAGGAUGAAAAGUAUAUUGUAAAUUCUAAUAAUAGUUAAAAUAAUGUUCGAUAAGGUGAUAUCAUAUAUUUAAAAUCAUAUUUACCAGAUGAUAACAAAGGUCUAAUUUGUGGUGAAGGAUUUGGAACAAAUAAGUUGGAAUGUCUUCUUCUUUAAAAAUAUUCAAAUGAGUAUUUUGGGAAUAAAUAAACUGAAUAACCGACACUAAUCAAGAAAACGGAAGAUUUGUGUAAUAAACAAGCUGAAUGGAAUAUUUUUAAGUGCUUAUUUAGAAUUCUUGAUAGCAAUCGAUCUAUUUAUGAAUAAGCAAAGAAAGAAGUUACUACUGAGGAUUAAAAAGGAAAUGAAGAAUCCAAUGAAAGUGAAACUAAUAUUAUUUAUGGUUAAGAAAUUUAGCUAUUACAUCUUUAUUCAAAAUGUUUCUUAACACUUAACAGUUAAGCCUUAGCAAAAGAAAAUUGUUGUAGAGAACUUAAAUUAGAAUAAAAUAUUACAUCUAAUUCUAACUUUAUGCUUUAAUCUAAUACUAAAAGUUAAGGAGAACCAGUAUUAUAUGGAGAUAUUCUAUUUUUAAAGAGCAAUGUUGCUCACUUAAAUUAAUGGGGAUUAGGAAUUUAAUAAACAAGUCCUUUCUCUGAAGUUCAUGCUUCAUAAAUUGCUUCAACACUUAGAAUUUGUAAAUAUCCAGAAAACGAUAAUGACAAUUUUAUUAUGAAUGGAGAUAUUAUAGUUUUUAAAAAUAGACUUUUUGGAGGAUAUCUAAGUAUUAAAAGAUCAUUUUCAUCAACUAAAUUAUUAUAAAAAAGAUAAAUAUUUAAAAAAAAUCAACCGAUAAUAUAAGAAUACUUCAAUCUUAUUGAAAUUAAAAAAUAAUAAAGUUUAGAUUAAAUGUUUCAUAUUACAUUAGAAAGCAAUUUAUAGGUAAAUUCUCUUUGGCAAUUGAUAAGUAUUACAAGUUAAUCUUAUAAAUAAUAAAAUAAUAAAAAAGAUCGAAAUAGAGUUUAAAAAAGUUAUAUUAUUAAAAAUGUUUUAACAGGAACAUUCUUGUAUCUAGAAAAUGAAGAAUUACAUGUUGCAUAUGAUUAUUUACAACCUAAAUUUGAAUUUUAAAUAAAGAACUUAUAAAAAGCAGAAUAAUAGAUAAAUUUAGGAGAGUUUUACAGAAUUUUCAGAAUUUAAGAAAAUUAAUAACUUUCUUAAUUUUAAACUUAUACUAUUUAAUGUGUAAAUAAUAAUGAAAUAAAUAUAAAUACAAAUUGUUUAAAAACUCAAUAUGAUUAAAUACUUUUUAAAGUGGCUAGAGGUCCUUAUCAAAUUGCUAUGGCUGCUAAUAAAAUUUAAUCUUUUUAUUUUGGAAUAGUUGAAUUUUAUAUAUUUUUAUAGGAUUGGGCUUUAGAUAAAGAAUUAAAAUAUUCAUAUAAUAUUGCAUUUUAUAAUUAAAAAUAAUUAUAAGAUGAAAUCAAUUAGUUUUAAAAACUUUUAAAUAAUAUUAAUUUAUUUUUAAAUUAAGAUAAUUCAAUUUAAGAGACAAAAUAAAACUAAUUAAAUUUAUGUUAAUAUGAUAUUUUAGAUUUGCUUAUAAAAUUGCAAUAAUUAAUUAAUUUAAUUUCUAAUUAAGAAAUUAAAUUAGAAUCAAGUUUUAGCGAUAAAACAGCCUAAAGAAUUGCAAGAUAAAAAUUUGAACCUGUUGCUUCGAUUAAAAAGAAAAAACAAUUUUAUUUAGUAGAAGAAAUCUAUUAAACUAUAUAUUAAAUAAUUUUUGAUAAUGUUGGCUGUUGUAAUUAUGUUAUUUAAGAGGAUUCCAUAAUUGACUUUCUAUUUAGUCAAUUAAAUUAUAAUAGAGAGAAAAUAGAAAAAUUGUUUAAAUAAAUAGUUUCAAAAGCUAAAUACAAUCCUGUAAUAGCCAAAAAAUGGAUGAAUAGAAUUUCUAUAAUAACAGAGAAGAAUUUAGAGGAUUAAAUUUUCAUUAUAACAAUCAUUAAUUUAUUUAUAUUAUCAUCAUCUCAUAUAAGUGUAGAAGGUUAAAAUUUAUGUAGAAAGGCAUUGUUUAAAAAUAACAAAUGCAAAUUAUUAAAAUGUCUAAUAAUAGAAUAAUUACCUAUUUUAGAAAUAGAAACUGAAGUUAAAGAUUUUGCUAAAAAUAAUAGAAAAUUUUGUAACAAUCAUCAUUUAUAUUAUUCUCAUUUAGUAGAAAAUCAAAUAUCUUUUGAAUAUUUUGUUAAACAUGAUUAAGAAAGAAAUUAUCAUAAUUAUGAAUAAUACUUGCUUAAUAUUUUGAAUUUAUAUGCAAUUAUGUGUAGAGGUAGAAAUUUUAAAAAUAUGAAUUUAAUAAAAAAUUAAGUUGGUAUUAAUGAAAAUUUUUUAGAUAAAAUAUUAAAAUCCAAACAUAGUUUAUCAUGUAAAUAAGUUGUUAUAGAAUUAUUUUCAUCAUUAUAUUUUGAUAUAGAUCCUUUGACUAAAGUUUCAGUUUUUGAAAAUACUUGUUAUUUAAGAUAAGCAUUAGGAGAUUUUGAUAAAGAAUUAGAAUCUGGUAGAUAUUUUUAUGAAAAUAUUUCAUCAAAUAAUCUUAAAUAAACAGAACCAUAUUUAAAUUAUUAAUAAGAAACUAUAAGAACUUAAGAAAAUAUGAGAGAACUUUUAUAUCUAAAGUCUUUUUCAUCUCAUAUUAUAACUAGUCAAAAAUAUCAUGAUAUUUUUAUAAAUUUAUUCUUGUAAUAAGAAUAUCCAUAAAUAUUAAUUGAAGAUUCAAAUAAUUCAUUUAAUUAUACAUAAAUUUCUAAAAUGUAAUUGAAAUUUUUUUUUAGUUUGAUUCGUAUAAUAAAAAAUUCAAUUGAUUUAGGAUACAAUACAUUAAAUAGAAAUAGAGAAAUAUAAUAAAUAUUACCGAAUAUUUUUUUUAUAUUGCUUAUUCAAUAAAAUAAUAAUUUUAAGACUUUCGAAUUUUAAGAAGAGAAAACUUUUGUUUUAAAUUUGAAAAAUAUGUAAUAAACAAAAAGUAAAUUAAUAUCUUCAUAAUUUAAUAAAUUUAAUCUCAACUUUAAUUAAUCGUGGAUUGCAGAUUUUUUGUUAUGGUCUACAUCUAUUUGUAAUGAUUCAGAUUUAAUAGAAUAGAUAUUUUAAGAAUCCUUAAGCAUAUAUAAAGUAUUAUUUUACUUAUAAGCCAAUUUAUAAGUCUUAUAAUACCUAACUUCGAAAGAAAGUUCAAUGAAUGAUUUAUUUACAAAUCAUAAUACAAUUUUAUUUAAUUGCUUAUUUGGAGCAACAAAAUUUCCAUAUCUCAAUAGCGAAAUUUUGUAAUAUUUAAUUUUAAGUUUUAAUAAUUAAUAGUAUGAUCUUAAAGAAAUUAAAGAAGUGGAAAUACUUGAUGAUGAAAUAGAACGUAAAUAUUUUGGAAUUGUUAAUGGAUAUUACGAAACCUAAACUGAUUAGGGACCUAAGGAAAUAAAAUAAUAUGUUAAAAGAGCAGUCAAGUAUGUACAAAUUAAUUAAUAAAGCAAUAAGAAAUUAAAUGAAUUUGAAAAAUCUUUCUAACAAAUAUCUCAAUAUGUUUAGAAGGUAAAUUCAUUAUUUGAAAGCAUUAAAAGUUACAAUCAAUCUUAUAAUAAAUCUUUAUAAAAUAUGAUUAGAAAUGCAGGAAUCCAUUUAAUUUUUAUUGAAUUCAUUUUGAAUUCAGAUCAUAUUAUAGAAAAUGAACACGUUGUGUUUUUUUAUAGAAAUCUUUUAAAAUUUUGGGAAAAUUUUAUUAGAGAUAAUCAAACCAAUUUAUAAAUUUUGUUACCUAAAUUAGAUUCUCUUUUAAAAAUAAUAUUAAUGCCUUAACCUUAAGGUGAUAAUUUUUUUUAUAAAUCUCUAUCUAUCUCUAAAUUAGAACUUUACAGUGAUUCUUGUCCAAUAAUAGAUAUAAUUAUAAAUAUUUCUAAGUUAUUGAAUUUAAAUGAAAAUUUAAUUCAUAUGAGAGCUGGAAGAUAAUAUUUAAAAAUUUUAAAAGGAUUUACAAAAACAUCUAAAAAACCUAGAUUAAAUCAAUUAAGUAAUUAAAAAUAAAUUUUACAUUUAAUUCUUCAAAACUUUCGAAAUCUCAUAGAUCCCAUGUAAUAUUUUGAAGAAAAGAAUUAAAAAGAUAAAAAAAUACAAAAUGGUGCUCCUCGAUAUUAUUAACUCAAACUUCAUUCAAGUGCCUUAAAUCUGAUAUCAGAAGCAUGUGAAAACUAUUAUAUAGGUAUAUCUGAAACUUAAAGAAUUUUAUAGUUUGAAUAAUUAACAACAGUAUUAUAAAAUGAACCUUAUAUUGUAAAAACUGCUUAUUUAAAGAGUAUCUUUUAAUUAUACAUUAAUUUAGUGAAAUAAAAUAAUCUUAUUGGAGAUCUUAUUGAUAAUUUUUAACUUAAAGAAUUAAUAAAUUCAGUAAUUAUCCCAGAUUUAUAACUAAUGUAGAAAUAUUAAAAAAAUCAUAAUCUAGGAAAUUAAAUAAUACUUAACAAUAAAGAGUAUUGGAAAUACAUUAUAUAUGUUUUUGAAUUUCUUAUUUGUGUUAUUGAUGAAUUUAGAAUUUUGGAAAGGUAGAACGAAUGCAACUUAGUUGAAGAAUAUAAAUAGAUAAUAGAAAUGAUUAGAGCAGUAUUACUUAAUAAUUCUGUUCCUUUGAUAUAAGAGAAAAGAGAAUUCAUAUAAUAAAUAUCUGAAAUAAUUGAAUUAUUUAUUGUAAAUCAAUAUGAUUUCAAUCUCUAAAAUAGAUUAUAAAUUUAUUGCAUUAGAUAACACAUAAUACUUUAAGAUUUAAUAGAUCAUGUAGAAUAAUUGAAUUAGAAAGACAGAUUAUCAAAAUUAAAAGAGAUUUGUAAUUAAAAUAAUAAAAUAUACAUCACAUAAGAAGAUUUUCCUACUUUAAAAUUUCAAAAAAUUUCUUAAGUUUCAAAAGGUGAGAAUUGGACUUAUUUUAAAAAGGCACUUAGUUCAUAAAAUGAAUUUAAUGAUUAAACUACUUAGGCUUAAGAAAGGUUAAAAGAGGAAUUAAAUUUAUAAGAAUUAAAAGAAUAGUUUGAAGAGAAAAAAAAAGAUUAUAUUAGAAAAAUCUUUUUAUAAAAAGGUUGUUGUGGAAAAAUUCUGAAUCCUUUGUCAGAAGAUGUACAAAUUUUAUUCUUUUUACAUGAACUUUAACUAUAGUCAGAAAAUUUUCUUAAAGAAGAAAAAUUUAAAGAAUUUUUAAUGAAUUGCAAAUAAAUAUUUUCAAAGCAUCCUAGUUAUUUAAUUAAAUUCUGCAAAAUAUUUUUGGAGAUGAACAAACCAAAUAAAAAAAAUGAAAAUGAUGAAAUUGAAGAUGAUGAUCUUGAAGAAGACAAAAAUUCAAGAAUUACUGAAAAACAUAACAAUAACACUAUUGAAUAAUUUGGAAUAUACUAAAAUAUUAUAUCUGAAUGUGAUAUUCAUGUAAUAGCAAUUGAAUAAUUAAAUAGUUAAAUAGCAAGUGAAUAAUUUGAUUCUUUAGGUUUGUUACAUCAUUUAUUAGAUUUUGGUAAUAUAGAAGUUUAAUAAAGAUUUUCAAAUCUUUUAUAAAAUCAAAAAAAACAUAAAAAAAUAUUUGUUCAAUUUUUUAAAGAUUUUUAUAGUGUUGAUGUAGGAAUAAAAUUAGAUGAAUUAAGUCCAUCAGAUAAUAAAAAUUAUAUAAAAAUAUGUAUCAAAGUUUUACAAGUUUUGUAAGGAUUAUGUGAGAACGUAAAUAUAGAAUUUUAAAGAUUUUUAAGAAUUUAAAAAUAAUAAGAUUCCAUAACUAAUAAUUUUAAUUUUGUUUUAGAAACAACAACUUUAUUAGUAAAUUUUUUAUCUGAUAAAUCUGUUGAUAAUUCAAAGAAAUGGGAAUUAUAUUAUUAAGGUUUAUUAAGUUUAAUUGAAUUUUCUACUGGACUUAAUGAAAAUAAAAAAGAAAUAACAAAGAAUCCUCGUUUAUUCUUAAGGUUUAAUGAGUUAUUUAAUAAUGAAGAUUUAGAUAUAGCUUUAAUUCCUUAAUCUAAAAAAGUAUAAAAUAAAUACUUUUAAUUAUUGUAAACCUUAUAUACUUACAUAAAAUUAUUAAUAUCUUUAUUAGAAGGUAAUGUAAAUGAAAAUAAAUAGGUGUAUAAAUUUUUAUUAGAAAAUUUAAACAAUGAAUUUUUGAUGUCUUUGGCUAAAAAGAUUUAUAAUUCUAGAAUAUUUCCUAAAAAAGCAUUUAUAUGUGUUGAUAAAUAUUGUAGAGCUCCAUGUUAACAAAAGUAAUGUAAUAAAAGUUUUUGCAUUAAUGGAUAUGAAACUAAAGAAGAUUCAUUAUUAAUUGAGACUGGUUUAAACAUUUUUAUUAUUGGUCUAAAAUUAUCUAAUUAUAGUAAUCAUGAAAAGUUUAAAAUAUUUUAAAUUGAAAAUAUUCCAAUAGAAGAAGACUUAAUUUUAGAAGAUUAAUUAUCUUAUGACUAAACUUAAAAAAACAUUGUAGAAAAAACUUUUUCAAUAAGUCAACAGCCUGAAUUUUAUCACAAAAUUCAUGAAAGUAAUUUAAAUAAUGAUUUAUUUGAUGAAGUUAAUUAAGAUAAAUAAGCCUAAUUAGUAUAAGUAUCAAGGAAUGAUGAAUGUUUUUAAUUUUAUAGAGAAUUUAUAGGUAGAAUAGAGGUUGUUAAUUAAUUUGGUUAAAUUGAAAGAAUAUUAUUUUAAAAACCUUUUGUUUGUAAAUAUAUAACUUAAAAUAUAAAAUAACAUUUGAUUUAUGAAACAAAUAGAGAAUCAGAUGAAGAUAGAAUUAGUAGUUUUUUAGAGAAUAUAAAUUUUUAUCAUGCAUAAAUGAUUCAUUAUUAAAAUGUUAGUACAAUUCCUAUCAUGCAUUUUGGUUAAAAGCAUUGGAGAACCUUAAAAGAUAUUUCUUAUAUUUUAUGCGUGUUUAUUAUUUUAUUUUUUAUUUUAAUACCUGAUGACAUAGCAGAUGGAAAUAUAGUAGAUAAUGGAGAUGGAGAUGUAGAUGGAGAUAAGGAAAUCAUUACUGAUUCAAAUAAAGUAUAAUUAGUAUUGUAUUUAAAUAAUGUAAAUUCAUAUUUAUUAAAUAGAUUAUAACAUUAAUUCAAUUAAUAUUGAAUCUCAUCAUUAUAAUCUUUUGUGCUAUUGAAAGAUACCCUAUAGCUGUUAAUUUUAGAAGAGGAGCCACUAAUGUUUAACAUAUUUAAAAUCUUAAAACUGAGGCAGGAUUUAAGAUACCAGAAUACAAAAAAAAAUACUAUGAAUUUGUUGGAUAUAUGGAAAAUAAUUUUGAAUAAUAAUAAGUUUAAAAAAAUCCAUUAAGAAAAAUUAUUUUAUUACUUUUAAUUGAUUUCGAUAAUUUUUAUAAUGUAAUCAAAUAAUAUUUAAUUUAUAGAUAAUUAUAUUUGGAAUAACAGCAAUUGCAUUUUUUAAUAAUUAUAUUUAUGCAAUAUUAUUAUUAGACAUAGUGAAAAGAUCAGAAGUUUUGUAAAAUAUUAUUAAAGCUUUUACUGAAAAUACAAAAAAUUUACUAAUUUUUGGACUUUUAGGUUUAAUAGGGUUGGUUUUGUAUGGUUUUUUAAUAAAAAUAUCAUUUAGUGGUGAUUUUAAGGAUGAAACAAAAUUUGCUUCAGAUUCUUUGGGUUAUUCUAUUGCUCAUGUUAUUAAUUUUGGUUUAAGAAGUGGUGGUGGAAUAGGUGAUGUAUUAUCUGAUUAUGCUAAUCCCUUUGAAGAACCAGCUUUAUAUUGGAAGAGAUAUUUCUUUGAUCUAACAUUCUUUAUCAUUUUUAAUAUUUUGUUUUUAUAAAUGAUUUUUGGUAUCAUUGUUGAUAAGUUUGGAGAAUUACGUGAUGAAAGAUAAGAAUUAUUAAAAGAUAUCUAAGGAAAAUGUUUUGUUUGUAGUCUUGUAAGAAAUGAAAUCGAUUCUAAGUAAUUAUUUAUUUUAUUAAAUUAGAACUAAAAGUGGAUGGUUCUAACAUAUUUUUUUAGAACAUAACAUCUAUCAUAUGUUAUACUUUUUAAUUUAUAUUAAAAAAAAAUCAAUCACAGAGUGUAACUAAUUAGAAAAAUACAUCAAAGAUUUAAUGCUCAAUAAGUCUUCUGAUUUCAUCCCAGUUAGAAUGACAUAUGAAUUGCAAAGUUAAUAAAAUUAAUAACAGCAAUGA